AGGGGAAGGAGGAAGCAGACCGUUGAAAGCAAUGAGGAGUAUCUAUCAGAGGACCAUGUAGGGCAAAAAAAAUUACAGAAAACUCUUGCACAUGAAUCAGAUAGCGAGAUGGAAGAAGAAUCGUUUGCCGUAGGUGGACAUGAUCAAAGUGGCGAGGUUUCUGAAAUGGAGCCUAAUUCAAAGAACCCAACUGAUAUGGAGGCAGACAUUGAGGUUGAAGACGAAGAGACAAAUGUGGAGGUGAAAAGGCGGGGUAAGACAAAACUAUUACAUGUGUGGAACAUUCCUAGAGGGCAUAUGAUUGUAGUACAAUGUAAUGAACUUGACCAGCCAAUUGGAGAAGAGGCAGGAAUCAUGGGAAAAUUCCUUGGCAUGGUAGCCAGGAAUGGAAACUUGUGUAGCUUAAUCUACAAGGAUUGGAGGCUUUUGAUAGGUAAGAAAGAGAGAUUGACUAAUGAGCAGAAAAAUAAGGAGGAUAUACUUAAGCAAGUAAAGAGGAGAUUCCUUUAUCCUGCUUGUAUGGAAAAAUGGGUACUAAAAACCAUUGGAGAGAGAUGGAGGCAACAUAAAUCUAACUUAAAAUCCAUAUAUUAUGAUGCACAUAAGGGUUUGGAAGCUAAUUACAACAACGUUCCACCUGGGGUAAUUGCGGAUCAGUGGAUUGCACUUGUGAAUCAUUGGGUGACCACAAAAGCAAAGGAUAUAAGCAUGGCGAAUACGAAUAAUUGUGGAAAAAAAAAGACUACCCAUACAGCCGGCACAAAGAGUUUCGCUCGGACUAGAGAGGAUUUGAGGGAAAAAGAUCCUGAGAAGAAAUACCCUCACAGGGCUAUUUUAUAUAUCCACACACACAAAGCAAACCCUACCAAGAACACAAAUCCACAUGUGAAUGAUUUGCAGGAACUGUUAGCAGAGCAUCCAGAAUUUGCAGACACUAGCCAAGGAAAGAUUGCAUGGAAUGGAGAUGCACUAAACAAGAUAUUAGGAGAAGAGAAGCCUGGUCAUGUGCAUGGCCUUGGUCUUGUUCCAAACCCGAACAAAGUGUUAGAUGGGACAACAUCAAGACGUCUUAAUCAGCUACAUGUAACAUCUUUGGACCCAACAGCAAGUGAAGAUGUCCUCUCUUUGAAACUUCAGAUGGAAAAACUCGUAAACCAUGUACACAAGCAAGAUGCUACUAUACAAGAGUUGCAACAAAAGAGUGUACUCUUCGAACAACAUCAAAGUGUACAUGGAUGUUUGGACGAUCUUCCAGUGAAUCAAUUUCCAACGUCUUCAAAACGUAAACGUGUAUAUGUUGAGCCACAAAAUCAAGAAUUCAGGAUGGACAAUGAAAAAACUUACUCUCAGAGAGAGCAAGAGGCAAAGGAGUACGAGGAUUUGCAACCAACAUUCAGAAAAACUUCUACUAUCCAUAAGGUCCUCUGCUACCUCAUAACUCAUCUUUCUAGAUUUCAUGGUAUAAUGCAAACAUUAAUAAUAUGUAUUGAAUUAAAGAAGAUUAAGGUGGCUGAUACUAGGCAAGGUAAAUUACAAUGAACUGAUAGACUAGCCACUACCCAUAAGGUCAGCUACAUCAAAAUUUCAAUACAUGGAAUAUAUACGCCCUACAAAGUGAUGUUUUAUUAUAUUCAUUUUUCAAUUUAAUAUAUUGGUAGACAAGGCAAUUUGAGUUGGAAAGAGACAUUACCUUCGAUAAUACUAAGCUCGCUAAUUCAUCGAAGGUGGGAAUGCAAUAAAUUUAUUCAACAUACAUAAUCAUGAUUGCUUAUCUUUACAUUGAUGUCUCGCACAUACAGAGUAUGACCAAGGAAGCAACUUCUACUUCCUUAAAUGAAGAAGCAUCUAAGAACCAGGUAAAAAGGAAAGAUAUGCAAUCUGCAACUACCUUUGAUAAAACCAAGUGUGCUACCACAUCAAAGGGUACUCCAGGUGACCGACCAACAGAUGAGUCAAUAUUGACUGGAGCACAAGUGUUCUUAAAAAGCUGGAGAUGUCCAACCAAGACUGUUGCCUUAGGCACAGUACUUGGUCGAGACCCAAAUCAUAAAGUUGCAGGUGUUAAGUUAGGCAGAGAAUUUUGGAUGGUGCGUGUUAGACUUGUAAUACUGCCUAUUGAGCCUUUGAUUCGACCAUACGACAACAUGGAGGUUAUUGGUGAUGUCGGCAACAAUCUUAUAGCAUGGCCUUCGUGUUGUAUUGAAGACGACAAAAACUGAUAUAUGCUCAUUUCAACAUCACGACGCUUCAACUCAGUUCAGGAUGAUAUCAUGAUUUUCGAAGCUGCAAGAUUUCUACAGAAUCCAAAGACUACUUAUUUCAAACCGGAUGGCGUGGAUCACUACCUCCAUUUAAAUAGUUUUGCUUAUUUCACUACGAUGAAUUUUGGAUUUGUUUAGGAUAUGAGUCAUAUGCUGUUUAUAUCUUUGUCCCAAAAAUACUUGAACACGCAUCAAGCGGUGAUUAUUUUAAGUUCUGCUACGCUGAAUCGUGACUAUUAUUUUAUUUAAAUGCAAAAUUAUUUGUCCAUUAUUGUUCUAUAAUCAGUCAUGGUACUUGCUGGUGCAUAGAAGGUAAAAACUUACUUUUCAUCCUGUGUUCUUGGUCCUAGGAAUUUUGGUGUCUUUGCAAUCCAUAUUUGAUUUAUUAUCCCUUGUCAUAAGUUUUCUCAUUAUAUUUUUCUACAGAAAAGAAACACAGAAGGUGGAAAGCAAAAUGCUUCUCUUAAGAAGGCCAAAAAGGACAAGCUUGUAGGUGCAACUGGAAAAAACGUCAGAACUGAAACAAGCAUGGUUUCUGUGACACUUCGAGUGAAACCAGAGCUAACUCUUCCAGCAACGUAUGUUUGAAAUUUGUUUCUGGUUAUCUAUGGUAAUUUGUUCUCCCAAUUUUUCAUGUGUUGUCUGUUACAAAGGACACAAUUACCCAAUUUUUCAUGUGUUCGUAUCCAAAACACGGUGCACUGCGCAGCCAGCCAGUGUGCUAGCCACCAUGCAUAUGCAAUAUUGACGAAUGCUGCUGAAGCUGAAGUGCUGAUGCUGUUUUUAAUCAUGCUACAGUAGAAUCGUCCAUCCUGCUCGCUUGUUUGUCUGAGCUGUGCAUGCACACCGAUUUGGGCUUGAGUGGUGGUGCUAAAGUCUCCAUGGGAUGAGCUUCAGGUGCACUACUGUUUAUCCGGCUUCUGAAGGGCGCCUUCGGUUUUGUGCAUAGGCUCAUUGGGUUGCUAACUGGUAGUUUUUUUGGUUAUAAGAUUCUUCAUAUCUUUUUUCAUUUAGAUUAAAAGUUUGUGUCGUGCCCUUGAUUGCAACCAUGAAGCUGCAUUUUCUGCUGUAGUGAUUUUGGUCUGAUGCUCAAAUAUAAUGUUGAGGUGUGUCUGCGUGCUAUUGCUUCAAGCACACUGUUUUUACUGGGUUCCUUCUGAAGAAGCCACACAUGGUUUUCUUUUCGUUUCUUCUUUUACCUGUUUGCUUCUGUUGGUUUCGAUUUAACUUACCAUGGUGCCAUCAUUAUUAGCUCAGAGUUUGCUUUUCCGCCUUAUUACUUAUUUACUUGCAUGAUUUUGGUUCAUGUAUGCAAUGCGCUCAUCUUUUUUACACGAAAUAUGUCUGAGCAUCUCUUCGAGGAAGCCUCCAUCGUUACCAGGCUACACCUUGCUAGCAAAAAGUUU